AUGAUGGAAAAUGUUUCAGCUGUCACACUGUUUACUCUUUCAGGUUUAAAUUUUACAAUGGAACAAAGAAUUAUCCUCUUCUUGCUGACUUUACUGUGUUACUUAAUGAUUCUUUUGGGAAAUGUUGGUCUUAUUUUUGCCAUUAUUAUGGAUAAAAACCUCCAUGAGCCCAUGUAUAUCUUCUUGUGUAAUCUAUGCAUAAGUGCGCUGUAUGGGACUGUUGGUUUUUACCCCAAAUUCCUUCUGGAUCUUUUGUCAUCUCAUGUGAUUUCUUAUGGUGCAUGCAUGCUACAAGGCUUUGUUAUACACUCAUCAACUUGCAGUGAUUUUUCUAUCUUAGCUCUAAUGGCAUAUGACAGAUAUGUGGCUAUUUGUCAACCUCUAGUUUACCACUCAGUUAUGACCAGACAGAGAGUCUCCAUCUUUGUGUUUUUAUCCUGGUUUAUACCUCUUUAUUGUAUGUUUAUGAACACAGCAACAAUAUUAGGAACAAGGUUAUGUGGCUCACACAUAAAUAGGGUCUACUGUGUCAACUGGAUGAUAGUUACUCUGGCUUGCUCUCCACCCAAAGCAAAUAAUGCAGUCUCAUAUUUCAAUAUGUUGUUUUAUUUUGGACAUUUUGUGUUUAUUCUCUGGUCUUACACAUAUCUGAUAAGAACAUGCACAGCAUCCAAAGAGAAGUGGGGGAAGUUCAUGCAGACAUGCAUGCCGCAUUUAAUCUCUCUGCUCACUUUUUCAGCAGCUGUGCUUUUAGAUUUGCUGUACAUGAGAUUUGGGACAAUUGAUUUUUCUCAAGACUUCCAUAAUUUCAUGGCAAUAGAAUUUCUGAUUAUUCCUCCGCUAGUGAAUCCGCUUGUAUAUGGAUUCAAACUUACCAAAGUCCGCAAAAAAUUUUUGAGUUUUGUUUAUAUUAAAAGGAAAGAUGCUAAGUGUCAUCCCAUGACUUCUCACAUUAGAGGCGAGCUCUCAAACUGA